AUGCGUGUGCAUGACCUGUCCUACGAGCCCGCCCCGAUUUUAUCAAGCCCAGUACGUGCGCUCAAGCCUGACUUGGCGUCUCGAGGGUUACGAAAAUCUUCGUUGACUGAGGAGAUCCAUAUCACCAAGGCCGAGCAAGCUGUGGACGGUCAAGAUGUCGACAAGGAAAACCCUACACCUGCUAGAACCACCUCUACGGAGAGUCUACCAUGGAAUGCUAGUCGAAAGGACGGCGGGUUCAGCUCUGACUCUGAAGACGAAGGAUUUACAGCUGAAGAUCCUGUGGAUGAGCGUCUUCCGAAGACUCUAUUUGACCACGUGACCCCGAGCGAUUCUGACAUCAGCAAUUUGGGGUUCCGGGCUCUAGCGGGUCGAGAAGAAGGCGCGCUUCAAUUAGCAAAACCGGGACUGGAGAUAGUGGUCCCGGGUCGGUAUAUCCCAUAUGGGCAGUCCACCCCGAAAUCGAUUCCCUUAUCUCAGGCUUCCUCGAAGACAAGAACUCGGGCUCUUUCCAAAGUUGAAAAUCCAUCGUCAAAGAGGAAGCGUGGACGACCUUCGACAAUGGUUCGUACUAUCACCAAACGACGAUCUUGGCAGGCCUCUCGGGCGACUGUCAGAGCUGGCGUGUCGUCUUCUGAUUCUAGCUACGACGACACUUCUGAUGUCGAUACAGUGGCCGAUGUCAGAAAGCGACCACGAGCGAGGCAACUCCCGAAAAUGUCUCAGGUCCGCACCGGAUCCAAAUGGAGGGGACCACGCAGGGACCGCGCCAGCUCCGCAGGCAUCGGCUCACAUCCAACGGCAGACCCAGAGGGUAGGGACGGCCGAGCCUUGCCUCAGUCUUCUGAUGUCGCUCAAGGCCACGGCGCCUCGGCAGCCUACACUACUCCACUCGAGCCUAGGUGCAAUGUUCAUGCUGCGGCGUCGACUGAGAGCGCCGUCCUGACAGGUGUCCUCGCUGACAUAGCCAGCAUUGAACCCUUACUGAAAUCGUCCGCUGCCUGGGGCCUCGCUGGUGAUCCCUCUUCCACUCGACUAGUCAGCGCCACCAUCAAACCAUAUACCGGGGAGCAAUGGCAACUGACUGCUACCUUCGCUCGCGUCCCCGGAGGCGAGAAAUCGCUCGCUGAACUUGGCUGUCAUGCCAACGACUACUGUGCGAGCGACAGCGAUGAUCAGUCGGGCAGUUUAUUUAGCCUUCACCAUAAAUCCUCCGAAGACGAAUCCUCCGAAGCCGAAUUCGGCAAUUUGACUCCACCCAUGGGGCGACGUCUGUGGAGGGAAGAUGAGGACAAGAGGUUGAUCAGAUUGAUGCGACGCGGCGAGCGAUGGCAUUGGGUCGUGAAACAGUUCCCCGGCCGUACGGAGGGGUCUAUCAAGAACCAUUGGUAUGCUAAGCUCGCACCGCGCCAAGUCCGAAGGUGGACAAGAGACAAGUGA